AUGGACGUGUUGAAACGAGAACCCCACCAUACUGAAGCCCAGAUUGCCGCGAAAGGGGCUGUCACUACUGGUGGCAAAAUUCAUAAUCACCGACGCCAGGAAGCUGAUGAAUUCGGUCCGUGGGAUAGUACUGGAGACGAGUUCGGGUCUUGGCUGGACAAGCGCGAGCCUCAUCAUACUGAGGCUCAGAUCGCGGCGAAAGAAGCAGCUGCCAAUAAAAAGAACCAUAAACGCCACUACACCGAAGCUCAGAUUGCAGCAAAGAAAGCCGCUGCUAAGAACAAGAAUCAUCAACGAAGUCCUCAGGAAGAUGACGAGUUUGGUCCUUGGGAUAGCACAGAGGAUGAAUUUGGAUCCUGA